CUGAAAGGGUUGUUGAAAGAUGAAGUUAUAUCUCGAGCAAGAAUGACAUCUGAUGUUAGUUUUCUGAAUGAGAUAACUACUCGGAAUUGCUCCAUUUGCUGCAUUAUUAGCAGUUGCAGUAUUGGCAAUUACUGUACCUGAUUUUUUUUUUCUUGCUGAAUGAUUCUCAAAAUCUUUGUAAAUUGUAGAUAAUGCAUGCUAUAUCUGUUGUGCAUCUGUGUAUUGAAGAGGCGCAACAGGUACAGCGCCUUGAAACUCUCCAGGCGGGCGACCGACUGAGGCGCAAGGCGCGCCCCAGUUACGCCAGGCCCCCUAUAAAAGGCAACCAUGUUUUUUUAGGGCUCUUUAACCUAGUCGCAGACAGCAGACAGCAGCCAGCGAGGGAGAAAAAAAAAAGAAGAAGAAGAAAAGGCUUAUCCGGCUUCUUUGCUGCUCCAGCUCCAGCGCUGGCAGAAUAAAAUCUCGAGAUGGAUUCCGAAACAUCUUCUGCUGCCGCUGGUUCUAAAAGUGACAAUAGCAAAACAGAUCCCAUUUGGAAACAUGUGCGUAUGUUAAAGCCACAAAAUACAAAUGAUAUUGUUUGCAACUCUUUUGACAAAGUUACAAAGGGAGGGAUAUACCAAGCUAAGAAGCGUUUGGUUGGAGGAUUUCGGAAUGUCACCAUGUGUAGGAAGCGUCCAGCUCUUGUAUGUGAAGAAAUGCAAGAGUAUAUGAAGAAAAAGGUUUUAAAAAAGGGCUUUGAUAAAAGUUCUUUUCCAGAUUUUGAAGAUGUUGAAAGGUUUAGUGAUGAUGAAAAUGAAGAUGAAAUUGCUGCAAACACAGGAGGCUCAUUGGAAGGAAGUAGUAAAGUUGCAGAAAUGAGAAAGAGGACAAGGACAAAGGGUCCUAUUGAUUUAUAUUUUGCUCAAAAUGCAGAAAUAGUGAUGCAAGAUAAGAAAAAUACAAAGAUGAAGCAAACCACUACAAAUGAGGCACGUAAAAAGAAAUUGCGAGAAAAAGCAUGUAGGGCUAUAGCUCAGUGGAUGUAUGAUGCGGGAAUUCCUUUUAGUGCUGUCAAUUAUCCAAGUUUUCAAGUGAUGGUGGAGUCUAUUGGACAAUUUGGUAUUGGUUUGAAGGCACCUACUUUCCAUGAGGUGCGAGUUCCCUUAUUGAAUAAAGAAGUUGCUAAUGUGAGGAGUUCAUUGAAGUCUUAUGAAGAUGAAUGGGCAAAGCAUGGUUGUUCUAUAAUGGUAGAUAGUUGGACUAAUAAGAAGCAAAGGACCUUGAUUAAUUUAUUGGUGAAUUCUUCGAAAGGAACCGUUUUCAUUGAAUCUAUUGACGCUUCAGAGUAUUCAAAGACCGAUGAAAAGAUGUUUGAGCUUCUUGAUAGAUUCGUGGAGCGUAUUGGAGAGGCUAAUGUGGUUCAAGUUGUGACAAAUAAUACUAGCAAUUGUGUGCUUGCAGGAAAAUUGUUAGAAGUCAAGCGCCCGCAUUUGUGUUGGACUCCUUGUGCUGCCCAUUGCUUAAAUUUGAUUCUAGAAGAUAUUGGGAAAAUGACCAAUAUUUAUAACACAAUUAAAAGGGCAGUGACUUUGAAUGGCUACAUUUGUGUUCGUCCAGGUGUAGCGAACACGUUACGGCACUUCACAAGUGAAAGAGACCUAAUUAGGCCUGCCGUCACAAGAUUUGCAACUGCUUUUCUCACUCUUCAACGCAUACAUAAGCAUAAGACUAAUUUGAAAAAGAUGUUCACUUCAGAGGAAUGGACUAAAAGUGAGUGGGCAAAAGAGCCGGCUGGUAAAAAAGUGAGUAGUAUUGUCAUGAUGCCUACUUUCUGGACUAAUAUGGCUUAUGUCUUAAAGAUAUUUGGUCCAUUAAUUCGAGUGCUUAGAUUAGUUGAAGGUGAGAAAAUGCCGGCAAUGGGAUAUAUUUAUAAGGCCAUGGAUAGGGCUAAAGAAGCAAUUGCAAAGUCAUUUGGUGAAAAUGAAGAAAAAUACAAGGCCAUAUUUGAGAUUAUUGAUAAACGGUGGGAAGGCCAACUCCACCAACCUUUGCAUGCAGCUGGAUAUUAUUUGAAUCCUGAAUUCUUUUAUUCAAAUGCUGAUAUUUAUCAAGAUGAAAAGGUUAUGCUUGGUUUAUAUAAAGUUAUGCAAAGGUUGAUUCCAAGUGAAGAAGAGCAAGACAAAAUCGUGAAACAAUUAAUUUUGUAUCAAAAUGUUGAAGGCAUAUUUGGAAUCGAUAUGGCAGUUAGAAAUCGAAAGACGAUAUCUCCAGUUGACUGGUGGAAGGCUUAUGGAUCUUCAGCUCCAAAUUUGAGAAAUUUUGCUAUAAAAGUGCUUAGCCUCACUUGUAGUGCAUCUGGUUGUGAGCGUAAUUGGAACAUCUUUGAGCAUAUUCAUAAUAAAAAAAGAAAUAGGCUAGCUCAACAACGCUUGAAUGAUUUGGUGUUUGUGAAGUAUAAUAGGGCAUUAAAGCGCCGACAUGAUGCACGUGACUACAUUGAUCCUAUCUCAUUGAAAGACAUAGAUGAUAAUAAUGAAUGGUUGAUGGGUAAAAUGAAGGAAGAGUUAGAUAGAGAUGAGCUUGUUUUUAAAGAUGACACCUUGACAUUGAAUAUGGUUACUGCUAUUGGAGUUGAAGAGAAUGCCUACAACACUAAAUCAGGGAAAGAAAAAAAUGUUGAAUCAGCAUCUAUUUCAAGAUCUAUGCCAAAGGAAAAAGAAAGAGCAUCAUCCACUAACUUGAGAACUAAUACUCCUUUACUUUUUAAAGAUGAGGAAGAUGAUGAAAAUAUUGAUUUUGAAGAUGAGUAUCAAGAGGAUGAAGCUAUAGAAGAAGAUGAAGAAAAUUAUGAUGCUACUCUUGAUGAAGAAGAUUAUGAUGCUACUUUUGAUGAAGAUUGAAGAAUAGUUAUUUUAUGAUUACUUGACUUUAGUUUUGAGAAUUAAAAGACUAUUCAAGUUUCAAUAUAUUAGCGUCUUAAACUUUAGUAGUUUAUUUUUAUUUUAUUUGAAUUAUAAACAUGUUACUUGAAUGCUUAUUAGUUAUUAAUAUUUUUAGUUUUAUGUUAUUUGAA